AUGAUCAAAGCACAUUCUAUGUCAAACCAUUCGUAUCGUGAUUCCGUCGCAGUGUUUAAAUUGUUGACUAGGGAUUCAGGGUUUUUCCCGAAUCGGUAUAGUUUUGUGUUUGCUUUUGGUGCUUGUGGAAAUGGGUUAUGUGUGAGGGAAGGGGAGCAGGUUUUUUUACAUGCUGUGAAAGUUGGGUUGGAUUGUAAUGUGUUUGUUGUGAAUGCGUUGAUUGGUAUGUUUGGAAAGUGGGGAGAUGUGGAGGAUGCGAGGAAGGUUUUUGAUUUGGCUGUUGGCUGUUUCAUGGAGGCUUUGGACUUAUUCCACAAAAUGUUGCAAUCCGAGGUUAAACCAAAUGAAUAUACCAUGGUAAGCACUCUUGCAGCCUGUUCGAAACUUGUUGCAUUGGAUCAGGGAAAUUGGAUCCAUGUGUACAUUCGCAGGGGCGAGAUUAAGAUGAAUGAUAGACUUCUUGCUAGCCUCAUUGACAUGUAUGCAAAGUGUGGAGAGAUAGAAUCUGCGUCAAGUGUUUUCUGUGAACACAAAGUGAAGCGAAAGGUUUGGCCAUGGAAUGCCAUGAUUGGUGGGUUUGCAAUGCAUGGAAAACCUGAAGAAGCUAUAAAUGUGUUCUAA